UCAGAGCAUCCCUAUCCUGUCACUUUCGAACGGACCCUUACCUCGGACUGACCUCACACCCCCCUUCACGUCGCUUAACCUCUAUUAUUUCUCCGGUCCACUCGGUCUGUGUUGUUCAACUUUUUGGAUUCAGGUACAGACCCUGUUCUGAUUUCGGACCCUUUGCACUGUUGUAUACCUCUGUGUGGUCUGGUCUGGUCUGGUCUGGUCCCUGCUGCGGUCGGUUGAGCAAAGAUCCCACUCCAAAACUCUUUGUCUGCUCCAGCAGAAACGUAACCUCUUGUCCAUCACCAAAGUCUAGUCUGGCCUCUGACACUUGCGUCCCUCGUCGCCAACCAACUUUCUCCAGUCGACAGGGCUCAUGUCACUCUGGGGUUCUGGCGAAAAGCCCCAAUUUCAACACCCUGGUAGACCGGGUCCAUCCACCACUACUUCCACCCCAUAACUGCUUGGUCUUCCCUCAAGGUGCACCAUUAUUUCGACAGCCUCUGAGCCAGAGAAGUGCCACUGCCGCCAAUCCACGAUUUUGUGGCUGCACGUCAUUGCCAGCUUGCUCAGUCAACUCUAUUUUCUGGCUGAUAUACAAAUUUCCAUUCCUCCCCAAGGGUGUGGACCGGACCAAAAAGCACGAGCACUAGCAGUCUUCUCUUGUCCUGCAUGUCCGACAGCAUACCUCUCCGUUGCUCGAACAGACCACUCGACAACCGCCUCCAUGUUAUUAUCACUGGCCCCUCCUAACCACAUGCAGCAGAACGACGUAAAACAACCCCAUGACUAUCCAAUCUACCCUAAACCGACUCCUUCGCGAUAUUCACCUCCACCGUCUCCUCGCAACCUACCUCCCUUCUUAGAGGACUCGAGGAUGAACAACUCUCACCGAGGGUUACCACCAUUACCUGCUGGUCUCCCGGGUGCUCUCAGUCUUCCCCCUCCAGAACGAGGGCAUUCGACAGCUCCUCCACUCGGCCACCUCCCAGCUCCGCCGUCUCAAUGGGCUGGCCAGGAUGAGUCCAUGCGAAGUUGGCUCCAUGCAAAGGCUGAGGAGGACCGCCGGAAGCAAGAGGAGGAGAAGACCCGGCAGGAAGGUCUGCGACUCGACCAAAGGCGCAUCGAGCAGGAUAUGCUGAGGGAGUCUCUUCAAGGAGGGAUUCCCCCACCGAUGGUCCCUCUCAUUUUUGCGGGCAUUGGCGGAGGGAACCUUCCUGCUCAUACUUUGGAGUGGGCGCAGCAGUAUCUAGCGAGCUUGACGAUCCAGAACCAGCAGCAACAGCAACAAAUCCAAGCCCAGCAGCAGCAACUUCACCAGCAGCAACUACAGCAACAGCAGCAGAUGUCGCCAGAUAUCCACCGAGAUCGAAUUAUUCAGUCAAAUCCUUACGCAGGACAUCAGCCGCUACAAGCACCACCACCGCUCUCACAAGCACCUGCUACCGUUCAGGCAAGUCAGGGUCGCAGUUCUAUAUCUGGGCCGGUGACAGCUACCCCUACCGCACUCUCACGUCUCAACACCACCGAUUUCAUCCCCGGCUCGUUAGCAAGCCAGGCAGGCCGACAGCCAGUACACCCGCUGCAACAAGCACAGACUCCUGUGGCCGAGCAGCCGUCGGGACCAGGACUAUUUUUCCAUCACUGGACGCCGCCGAACCAGUCGUCUUCGUCGGCGGGAAAUCAGCCCCCGACACCCUCAGCCAAGAGCACGCAUGGGUCGCCAUUCUCACAGCACGCAGGAUCACAUCUACGGUCGGAGUACCAAAACUCGCCAAAGAAACGCAAGACCGCGAGCGGACAUUCGGUGCCUAUUCCCCCUACCUCUCAGCCGUUGGAUCCAUCGCAGCCCAUGUCGUCUCGGUCGUCCAGAGAACGAGAAAUGAGUCCGGGUCAUCGAAACAGGGCUAUGCGGCAUUCACGGCAGAAUAGCGAUGCCUCAUCCCGCGAACAGGAGGUGGGUGGUCGCAAAAUUGCUCGACCGAGCAGUCGUCAACAGCGCAGGGAUGAGCUCAGCGGCGGAGCGGGGUCCAGCCCAAGAAGGAAAUUGACGGGCUCCUCCACCAGUGGCUCGAGCGAAGACAAUAAUCCCGUUCGGUAUGAGGGGUUAAAAUCUGAAACGCGGUAAUAAUUCGAGGCCCUUGGCAGGCUCGGAGAUGAAGUGACCGGCUCGGGGACAGCAUAUUGGCAUGGCAUUUCCAAAGGGGAGGUAGUGAAUCUUUUCGCCGGGUUGAGCACACACAUCCACGCCGUCGAGCUCUGGUUCUGAUCGGGCGCUUUUGUUUGUGCGCACUCUCAAAUCUACGGGUCUCCGCCGGCCGAGGCAAUGUCAAGCAUACCGGUUGAGAAUGUACCUUCAACUUCCACGACCACCUCGCCUUUCGGUAGUUGGCGGGGGAAAUCUACCAUCCACCAAGACACCGGCACGAGUACAUUGAUCAGGCCACGCAGCCCAUCAGCAGCUCCCAGGCAACCGGCAUUAAAAUCACACCAUGUUACGAAAUGUCAUUCCCUGCUUCCUGAAAUCCUUCAUCUCGAGAUUUGACCUGGCUUUCGGGCCACGAUGACCUGGCUGGCCGUUUAAUAUCGCUUAAGGCGCUUGAGGCGCUGACGGGAUAUGAGCACAGAUUUGGUGGAGCCUGGAAGUCGAUUUGACGCGACCAAAUCUGGGCAGUUGAUGCCGAAGUGGGCGAGCUUGGGCGGAGGGGAAUGCCCAAGGCGGUUUCUGGGCCAUUUGACGUCGAAUGAUAUGGGGGGUGAUGGGGCACGAUGGAGAAUGAUGGGCAUGGCAUAAGCGAGAGCAGGCGACGUGGAGGAGACGGAAUGUGUUUCGAGGAAAUGGCGCAUCCUUCCGGAAGUUGCGCCGGCGACGAUAUGAUUACGAGUGAUUGCGGGCAGAUUGGGCAGAUGGUGGGAGGGAUCGAGGCUGAAACUCGACCGAGCAUGUCACCGGCGGGAUGGCAUUUGGUGCAUGGAACAGCUGAGGGCUCCACAUGAGAUUUCGGUGAUCAGCCACAUGGGAACGCCUGCCAUAACGCACGGACGGGGCGCCAUGACGGAUUGGGCGACUUGAAACACGGUAUUUUGACGAUUUUGAUGACACCAGAUAGAACAGGCAGGUAAUUUGGGCGGGUUGUGUCUAGACUUGGGCGUUAGUUGGGUUGGAUCACUCCGCUGCGACAAGGACAGGUACUGUAGUGGCAACUGCUGUGAUUGCGCGUCGGGCCGCAUUUUUUGAAUUGCAUCAAGGAUGUUCAGGACAUCAGGAUGUUCAGGUGGAUACAGAGGAGGGACGGUGAUCAUCUAGAGCGAGAGCCGUGGCCAGAGCGGUGGGGGGGAGCGCAAGACGAGGGAUAUAGAGG